UUGAGACGUGUGCGGUCAGCAUUCGCGGUAAAAAGAAGCUGAGGAAAAGGCAACACGUGCAACAGAUUCCUCCAGGCAGCAGCCAACUCAGUCUUCAAACGAAUACUGAGCGGAGAGCAUCAUCUCUUCUUUUCAAUAUUUCAUCCUUCAGCGGUUGAGGGAGCCGCUGAGUCCGCUGGGUCGAGCAGAGUCCUGGGAUUUUUUUUCGGGGGAUUUGUGUGCUCAAAGUGCUUGAGUCAUGAUUAAUAAAUAUUAUUUGGGAAUUUUGGUGAUCGUGGCGUCGAGUGCUUGCGGAAUGUAUCAUCACAGAGACAGUAAAUACCUGAAUCACGUCCACUUGGUGUACCAGUUCAACUGUUCAUUACCGCAGCUGCGGGCAGUGGCUGUUGAAGAAUUGUUAUCAGUUGGGCCGAGUCCAGAUGAGAUUUUCUAUCCAAGGGAAACGAUCCUGGCGAGAUGCGGCGGAGCUGGCUGCUGCCUUGGUGAGAAUCAAGUGUGCGGUCCCAUUGAGACGCGAAACGUCAGUCUCGUAUUUUUGGUGAAACAUCGCAUCGAUCAGCAGAGGGAUCGCCAUCACGAGACUCUUCACGUAGUCGAGCACACCAAAUGCGGAUGCAUCGAUCGUGAUAAAAAUGACUUCUUAAUAAAUGAAAUUUAAGGAAAUUAUCAUUUGAAUUAUGUAAUCGUUGAUGCAUGUGUCUGUGAUAUUCACUUAAUAAAGAACUGGAAUAAAUUAACG